AUGGCAAGGAGGAAAGGUCUCAGCCUUGCGGAGGUGCACGCCGCACUGUUCGCCUCGGAGUCCGAGGAAGGAGAAGAAAGUGAUGUGGGGUCCGGGGCUGCCAGCUACGACUCCGCGGAGGAGGAUGCCUUUGAGGAUGGCUUUGAUGUCAUCCUCGAUAACAGUGGGACGCAAGACCUGCACUCCAGCCCCAUCAGCCAGUGCAAGGAGACCUCAGCGCCAACCUCAGCGACGUACCAGGGCGAUGACCUGCCGCACAGCGCCCACUCCCCGCACAGCUCCCACGCGCCGCACAGCUCCCACGCGCCGCACAGCUCCCACGCGCCGCACAGCUCCCACCCCAUCCACAUGCCCUGCAGGCCGAAGAGGACACCUGGUGUGCAGCUGGACCCUCGGGAAGACUACACUCCAAGUGAACUCUUCCAGUUGUUCUUCUCCAAGGAAGUUGUGCGCACCCUGUGCACCAACACCAACCGCCAUGUAGCCAAGAGGAAGGCAGCAGGCUACAAGCGGAUGUGGAGAGAUGUGGUCCCGGACGAAAUCAUGCACUUCAUCAGCCUCGUCAUAUACAAGGGCCUGGUGAAGACCCAUGAAGCGCGGGACAUGUGGAGGAAGGGGCGCCUCUACAACUUUGCCUUUCCAAAAUCAGUGAUGGCAGGGUACCGCUAUGAUGCUAUAAAAGCUCUUCUCCAUAUGAGCGACCCUGCAGACGACGCCAUUAAUGACCAGCUCCGGGGACAACCUGGCCACGAUGGUCUGUGUCGCCUGAGGCCUCUGCUGGACCAGCUGCUGACUGCCUGCAAGACCUACUAUCAUCCUCGGAAGAACGUGUCCGUCGACGAGAGGAUGGUCGCAAGUAAGUCGAGGAUCCAUUUGAAAAUGUAUAUGAAGGACAAGCCAACGAAGUGGGGCUACAAGUUAUUUGUCUUGGCUGAUAGCUCCAAUGGCUACACUUGUGAUUUUGCCAUAUAUGAGGGCAAAGCAAAGGCACCAUCUGGCCAGGGCCUGAGCUUUGACUCUGUGGUGAACCUCAUGCGUGUGGCCUAUCUUGGCACUGGCUACGCUGUGUAUGUAGACAACUUCUACACCAGUGCCAAGCUGUUCCUCCACCUCCGCAGCAUUGGCUUCAGCGCCUGUGGCACCAUCCGUGAGACGAGGAUUGGCUUCCCACGCACCACAACCAAUGCCCUGCCACGGAAUGCUGCACGGGGGGACAUGAGGUGGCUAAGGAGUGGACCCCUGCUCUUCGUGAAAUGGAAGGACACCCGUGAUGUCACCAUGUGCUCCACCAUGCACAAGGCCUAUGCGCAGAACACAAGUGCACGGCGGGUCAAGGAUCCCCGCACAGGUGUCUGGUCCGUGCAGCGCAUCCCAAUCCCGGAGCCGGUCCUCGCCUACAACAAGCACAUGGGGGGGGUGGACCUCUCGGAUGCGUUGAUAAAGUACUUCACCGUCUCCCAGAAGACCAGACGGUGGUACUUCAAGCUGUUCCUGCACUUUGUCAACAUCGCAGUGGUCAACAGCUUCCUCCUCCACAAGGAGAUGUCGGUGGCCCGCAGGGAGAAGCCCCUCACCCAGAAGGCCUACAGGGAGCUGCUGUGCUGUGAGCUGGCUGAUGUGGGGCAGGAGCAGCCACGUGCACCGGGAGAGGCUUCCGCUGAAGCCAGUGGUGGGGCUUCACCCUCCGCAUCCUCUUCGUCUGAGGAGGAAAGGCCACAGGGGUGCUUCCCGGUCACUGUUGUGACACCGUCUUCUGAUGCCAGGCAGAAGGCAAGUGCGGGAAGGAAGCGUUGUGUUCUGUGCAAGAACAGGACCAUGUACAUGUGCAGGUCUUGCAGGGUGCCACUCUGCAUCAUUGUGGACAGACUGUGCUUUACAGAGUGGCAUGACAUGCAGGGUGCACAGUGA